AUGGCUGUGGGAAAGAUAAUCUUCUACGAAGAAAGGGAUUUCCAGGGCCGGUCCCAUGAGUGCAUGAGCGACUGUGCCGACUUACACUCCUACUUCAACCGCUGUAACUCUAUUCGGGUGGAGAGCGGCUGCUUUGUCGUCUACGAACACCCAAACUACACAGGCCACCAGUAUUUCCUUAAGAGGGGCGAGUACUCGGACUGCCAGCGUAUGAUGGGCUUCUCCGACACCAUCAGGUCCUGUCGCAUGAUCCCAGCGUACCAAGGUUCUUACAAAAUGAGGCUAUACCCCCAUGCUGAUAUGAGUGGUCAGAUGAUGGAGCUCAUGGAUGACUGCCCCAACAUAAUGGACCGUUUUCAAAUGUCUGACUUCAACUCCUGCCAUGUGAUGGAUGGCCACUGGCUCAUGUACGACCAGGCGAACUACAGGGGCAGGAUGUAUUACCUGAGGCCUGGUCAGUACAGGAAGUUUAGUGACUGGGGUGGGAUGGGUCCUAGGGUUGGCUCCAUCAAGCGCAUCACUGAAUUCAACUAG